AUGAUGAAGGACAGUAUAUUUCUAAUUUUCUGUAUUUUGCUUCCGGCACUGAAUUGUCAGAAAAAAGAUCGGUCUAAGGCGAAGAGAUUGCGAUUUCCAUCAAUUGUUUUAGUAGAUUCUAUUGCGACCGGUGAAUCGGCAGCAAAUGGAGAAACACCAUUCUUAGGUUCAUUAACAUCAAAACAUACGUGUAGUGAAGAACAGAGAAAAUCAAAGUUCCGAUCAGCUGAUGGUAGUUGUAACAAUCUAGAACAUCCCGCAUGGGGACAAGCAGGAGCUUCUUAUCUCAGGAUGAUAAGUGAUCAUUAUGAUGAUGAUGAAUCAGUACCACGACAAACUUCAGAAUUAGGCUCUCUGUUACCAAGUGCUAGAACAGUUAGCCAAGAAGUGUUCAACUCCGAAAGCCACCCAUCUGCCAGACUUACGCAAAUGGCCAUGCAAUGGGGACAGUUUCUAGAUCACGAUCUUGCUUCAACACCUGCAGAAAUAGGUAUAAAAUGGCAUUUCAUGCAUCUCAGAGAGGACUGUUUUCCGAUUUAUAUUGAAGAGGGUGAUUCGUAUUUCACAUCUGAUUGUAUGGGAUUUGCCAGGUCACAAAGAUACGAAGGACAUACUACAUACGGAAAACGCCAACAAUUUAACACAAUAACAUCGUUCAUAGAUGGUUCAAUGGUUUAUGGAAGUUCAGAGGAAGAGAUGUUGAUGCUGCGAGCCGGGGAAGACGGAUUAAUGUCAACAACUGAUGUGCCUGGCGGUGAAUCAUUUUUGCCAAAUGAUAGUAGUCCAGGAGCUUGUAAAAAUCAGGACGAUGUAGGAAUUUUCUGUUUCUUGGCAGGUGAUGCUAGAGUUAAUGUAAUACCAGGACUCCAGGCUAUGCAUACACUUUUUGUCAGAUUUCAUAACAGGAUUGCCACAGAGCUGAAAACGAUAAGCGAAGUCAAAAAUCUUUUUAAGAUGACAGAAUCGGCAUCAAAUAAUGAUGAGUUUCUCUAUCAAACAGCUAGAAAAAUAGUGGCCGCUGUUAUCCAAAGAAUCACUUAUAAAGACUACAUUCCAAGCGUUUUUGGCAGAGAAUUCGUGCAUCAAUUUAAACUAGAUCAACCCUACGAGUAUAAACCUUCUGUCAACCCACAGAUCAUCAACGAAUUCACCACAGCUGCAUUUAGAUAUGGACAUUCGUUGAUAACAGAUAGCAUGAAACUGAAUGGCAAGGACGUACCAUUGCACGAACUAUAUUUCAACACAGUACCAGUUCUCAAAAACUUCUCACAAGUUAUUACAAACUUAAUAGAGGGGCGGUCUGAAAAUUCGGAUAAAUAUUUUUCAAAAGAAAUGACAGAUAAGUUAUUCCUGACGAGUAAAGGGUCACUAGAUAUAGUGUCUCUAAAUAUUCAGAGAGGUCGAGAUCACGGUUUGCCCUCCUUUGCUGAAUAUCGCAAGAUCUGUAAGUUACCACCUGUAAAGAGAUUUGAAGAUUUUGGAGAUUGUGGACGAGCACUACGUAAUGUUUACAAGAGCCCAAUGGAUGUCGACCUGUAUGCUGGGGCUAUUUGUGAAAAACCACAUGGAGGCAAUGAAGUUGGUCCUACGUUUGCUUGUAUAAUUGGUACCCAGUUGUACACCUUAAAGAAUGGAGACAGGUUCUUCUAUACAACUCUUAAUCAUAAUCUUGGUUUCACUGCUAAACAACUUCAGUUCAUAAAUAAAAUAACUUUGUCCUCGUUAUUUUGUGAAUUCGGUGAAAUUGGUGAAGUUCAGAGUAAUGUAUUUUUUCCAUCAAAUCGAAUUAACCGUGUUAGAAAAUGUAACAACUUUGCUGUUCCAUGGACUCGUGAUUUGUUCGAGUUCUAA